AUGCUGCUGGACCCUGGGUGCCGCCGGAUCCCAGCGCUGGCGGGCAGCACUGGUCGCCCGCGCACAUGCUGCUGGACCCUGGGCACUGCACAUUGGCUCCCGGAGCGCAGGCAGUCGUCGACCUUCGUAUUGUUGACGCACCCCGAAAAGCUGGGACUCGCGGACGGGCACGGGAACGUGCCGCCAGAUCCCGGCGCAGGCGGGCACGCAGGUGCUCAACUCCACCAGGGAGGCAGCCAGGCAGUCGUCGACCUUCGUGUUGUUGACGCACCCCCGCCGGCGGGCAGCACUUGUCUGCCCGCGUCACAUCCUGCUUGGCCCUGGGCACUGCACAUUUGCUCCCAGAUCGUCAGGUGUUCGCCGUCGUUGUUGUUGUCGUCGUCGUCGUUGUCGUCGCCAGGCAGUCGUCGACCUUCGUGUUGUUGA